CCAGAGUCUCUCAGUAGUCUACAUCUUCACAGAGUGUCCUCUCCUCCUGUUGGUCUCCAUCCGGAUAACCAAGUCCUCUUCUCUGCUCUGCUGAGAGCCAGACAACAAACGCAACCAUGGAGGCCAUCAAGAAGAAAAUGCAGAUGCUGAAGCUGGAUAAGGAGAAUGCGAUAGACCGGGCAGAACAAGCAGAGGUUGACAAGAAGGGAGCCGAGGACAAAUGCAAACAGCUGGAGGAGGAGCUGCUGGGCCUGCAGAAGAAACUCAAAGGAGUAGAAGAUGAGCUGGACAAAUACUCUGAGUCUCUGAAGGAUGCCCAGGAGAAGCUGGAGCAAGCAGAGAAAAAGGCAACGGAUGCGGAGGCAGAGGUGGCGUCUCUCAAUAGACGCAUCCAGCUGGUGGAAGAGGAGUUGGACCGAGCUCAGGAGAGGCUAGCUACUGCUCUGCAGAAGCUGGAGGAGGCAGAGAAAGCUGCAGAUGAAAGCGAGAGAGGAAUGAAGGUGAUAGAGAACAGAGCAACAAAAGAUGAAGAGAAAAUGGAAAUCCAGGAGAUGCAGCUGAAGGAGGCCAAACACAUUGCUGAGGAGGCGGACCGUAAAUAUGAAGAGGUUGCACGUAAACUGGUGAUUCUGGAGGGAGAUCUGGAACGCUCAGAGGAGCGUGCUGAGGUGGCUGAGGCUAAAUCAGCUGACCUUGAGGAAGAAUUGAAAAAUGUCACCAACAACUUGAAGUCCCUGGAAGCCCAGGCUGAGAAGUACUCACAAAAAGAGGACAAAUAUGAAGAAGAGAUUAAAGUGCUUACAGAGAAGCUGAAGGAGGCUGAAACCCGAGCAGAGUUUGCAGAAAGGUCUGUGGCUAAGCUGGAGAAGACGAUUGAUGAUCUAGAAGAUGAAGUGUAUGCUCAGAAGCUGAAGGGCAAGGCUCUCAGUGAGGAGCUGGACCUGGCCCUCAAUGACAUGACUACACUGUAGAAAAUUCCUCCCUUCCUCUUCUCCCCUGUUGCUUUGCUGGUCUGUUCUUGUUCUGCAGAAUUGUUAUUGGCUGGAAGAUUUCUAAACAUAAUGCAGUAAAUUCAGACUUUUUUCCUCUUUCCAUUCUUUUUUCCUUUGAACUUACAGCUAGCUCCUUUCUGUCCUGAGGUCUGGAGUUAAUGUCAUUUGUAUUUAUUUGAACCUUCAUCUCCCUCCUUUCUGUAAUAAAACUUUUUAUCCUGAUCAAAUUCUAUAUUUUCCCAGUUUUACCUUCUUUUUGUUUGACUUGACUUCCAAACGUUAACUUUGCAGUUAGUGUGAGAUGGCCAAAACUCAAAUACUGGUUUUCUUGACGCUAAAUUUCUCAGCAUUGUCUUUGUCUGACCACGGGAAAACGUGUGAGCAAUGUUGAUAAAAUGACAAUGGUUUUAUA